AGAUGUCUCUGCGCGCGUAGAGCCGUCUCACCCGUCACGACAGAGCAGCCUGCUCCUGUGUGAAGCAACGAGCCGCGCGUAGACAGAGAGGAACAGAGAGGAGCAGAGAGGGAACCGGGAGAGAUACAAAGAGAGGCUGAGUGGAGAAGAGGAGGCAGAGCAAGAGAAAGAAGAGGCGAAGAGCGCAUACAUCGCUGCCACUCCGACGUCUCCCCUCAUGCGCCUGUUUCGGCUGGUGUGAGGAGAGAAGGCAAGGGAGGGAAAUAAAUCCUGGGAGCCCGUGUCCUCUGUUUGCUUUAUAUUCCCUUCUCUCUCUCUUUUUUUUUUAUCUCCAUCAUCCGAGGGAUGAAGGCGGGUGUCAGCUGGCACGGCAGAAUAAAAGAAAGGGAUGCUUUGAAUGCUGCCUCUCUUUCGACAAGGGGCAAGGAAGAGGAAGUGGGGGACAACACACAACAGGGACAAACACGGGAUUUCUAGAAUGAAUGGGAGUCCUUCUGCCGCAUGCGUUUGGGAAUAGCAGUCUCACACUGAAGUCUCUGAAUGAGGGGCCAGCCCUGAGGACGUGAAACUGUUGGGAGAGUUUGGAUGUCACCGGUGACAUAGCUUCCACUGCGUCGGACCACCUUCAACUGCACACAUCUCUACUCUCCAGACGGCACCAAUUAAAGCAGGCUUGAGACAAAGAGUUGUGGCAGUAUCCGACAACAUCGACGCCAGGAGGAAAGGAAUACACUGGAGGAGGGGGGUUUGCUUGCUGCAGACGGGCAUAGGACUGCUUGUCUGGACUCAGUGUUGCCUGUCUGCGCGAGUAGACACGGCAGAGGAAGAGGGAAAGGAGAUGGUCGGCUGAGGUGUCACAGAGGAUGUCACCACUACGAAGCUUGUCCAGUAUGCAGUGUGGUCUUCCCAGCUGCGCAUCACCAGUGGUGCCAUGAUCCAGUUAUAACUGUGGGUAAUGCCGAGCCAAAUAACCAAUCCUGGAGAUGCCGAAGAGAAGAGAUAUUCUUGCCAUCGUGUUGAUCGUGUUACCCUGGACUCUGCUCAUCACUGUUUGGCACCAAAGCGCUAUAGCUCCACUCCUCGCCAUCCGCAAGGCCUGUCACCACCUAGUAAAAGAGAUCUUUAUCAUUCCAGAGAGGCUUGCAGUCCGCCACCACCGGCUCUCAGAUGAUGGUGUCGAGGGCAAGAGGGAGGCAGGUGGCCAGGCGCAGGACUCCAAGGAAUACUGUGCCUCAGAUAAGGACAUUGUGGAAGUGGUGAGGACAGAGUAUGUGUACACGCGGCCUCCACCCUGGUCCGAUGUGCUGCCUACCAUACACAUCAUCACCCCCACUUAUAGUCGACCAGUACAGAAGGCGGAGCUGACACGGCUGGCAAACACCUUCCUCCACGUUCCCAACCUGCACUGGAUCCUGGUGGAGGACUCGCAAAGGAGAACGCCUCUUGUCACGCGGCUCCUCCGGGAAACAGGGCUUAACUACACGCACCUCAAUGUAGAGACGCCCAGGAACUAUAAGCUGCGGGGUGACACUCGGGACCCCAGAAUCCCCAGGGGGACCAUGCAGAGGAAUCUGGCCCUGCGGUGGCUGAGGGAGACAUUCAACGCCAACAGCAGCCAAGCUGGAAUCGUCUACUUUGCUGACGAUGACAACACGUACAGCUUGGAGCUGUUUGAGGAGAUGAGAUCGACUCGGAAAGUUUCAGUGUGGCCUGUGGCCUUUGUGGGCGGCUUGCGGUACGAGUCCCCCAAAGUCAAUGCAGCUGGAAAGGUCUACGGCUGGAAGACGGUGUUUGACCCCCAUCGGCCCUUUGCCAUCGACAUGGCUGGCUUUGCCAUCAACCUGAGGCUCAUCCUCUUCAAGCCACAGGCGUAUUUUAAGCUUCGUGGGGUGAAGGGAGGCUACCAGGAAAGUAGUUUGCUCCGGGAACUUGUCACACUCAACGACCUGGAGCCUAAAGCAGCCAAUUGCACUAAGAUACUUGUUUGGCACACGAGAACGGAGAAACCUAUCCUUGUAAACGAGGGGAAAAAGGGAUUUACAGACCCCAAUGUGGAGAUCUGACUGUUUCCUCUCAGACCAUGGUGAUUGGACCUGCAGAGGAAGAAAGUGGCCGGGUCUCUUGAUAAGUGCAACCAGCACUCAUGUCUUAAUCAUCAGAAAAAAAGGAAAUGGGGAGCCUUUGAAAGGGGAUUUAAUCCUCUUGACUGAAUCUGACAUUUUUAAAAUAUGGACUUAAAUGGCAUAAAUGUAUCAUAUUAAAGCACAGAUCAGUAAGAGGGGGCAGGUGUCAGGUCUAUGAAUGGAAAUCAGAGGUGACGACAUGAAGGACGCCUCACAGGGUCAGUGUGGACAGAUGUGACGUACGCCUUCACGGCCCACUGAGGACAACCCAACAACAAAGAGACAGCACAAUAUGAAAAGCAUACAGCCAGCGGAUUCAACCAAACAAGCAGGUUGAAGAACAUCCUUCACCUCAAAAAGAAAAAACGAAGGAAAUAAAACACAUAUUGUCUGGAUCUGCACAUGCUUCUCCUUGGAUUUAAGGACACGGCCUACAUCAUCAGCCUGGAUGAAAACAUGCCUCCAAGGACAGAUAUGUCUCAUGUGGAUUUUCCUUUGAGCAAACACAAACAUAGCAAGGGAAGGAAUGUUAUUUUGAUAACUAUGAAAUGUUUGCUUUAAUUUAAUUUAAUUGGUCUGGGUGUUUUCAGACACUUGACUUGCUAGUUCAAUUCUACUGACCCUACAUUUACUCUUGGGUUAUCAUUGUUCAUUUUAUAGUGUCAUUACAUAUCAUGCAUUUAAGCCAUCCCCGGUCACUUGCAGAGACACUGCUGUUUGAAAUGUUGAAAUGCUUGGGAGCGGAAACAUACAUGUACACGUGAAAAUCCUAACACUCUUCUUAGCACUUAAAAAAAAUACACAAAUGAUGUUCCUUUGUGGCAACAUGUGUAAAUAAUAAUUCAACAUGAGAACAAUCAGAAGAUAAGUGACAAAUUAGAACAAAAUAAUUGUAAUUAUUGUAUUCAUAGGUUAAAAAAAAAAAGUCUUCUCUUUUCCCCACUCUUUGAAUUCUUCACAAUGACACACGACAAGGCACAGGUUCACUCUAGGUUCAACACAUGGAAAGAGUAAUAGCACAUCACCAGCUUCAUUUGGUAACAGAACCUCAAAACACAGAGACAAGAACUUCAGCUACACGGUCGACUCACAAAAUGCUGAUCAAAUGUAAGUCAUUGGUCUUUUUUGACGUCGCUCGUAUGUACACAAGCCCUCCAGUUAACAAAGGUAAGCUCAUGUGCAAGUAUGAAAAAAGAGCAGAAUGAAACAGCAUCAAAGUCCAAGAAUUUGGUUUUACUAGACUUGUCUCUCUCCAAAAAACAUACAUUUAGAAGCUCAGGCUGCUGACGUUUAAUACUCACAUUCAAACAGCUGCUACAAGUAACAAAAACUAAAUUUAAAUAAUGUUUGCAUGGCCCCAAAUAUUUUGUUUUUUCUAUAAAAAACUUUAGCUUCCACUUGUGAAAAAAGAUGAUACAUGCUACUCCGAAUUGACAGCAGGCUACAGAAAAGCACAACAAAAAUAAACCUUAUUUUUGCUAAUGAUUUGGUAGCAACGUUGUGUCAUCUUCCGUACAGUGGACUGAAGUGGGUAUCUCAUGGUUUCUCUUUGUAUUAGUUACCCAUCUGUUGUACAUUAAGUGGAUUACAGGAGGGAGUCACCGCACCUCUAACGAUAGACAUCAGUAGCUAUGACGCUGUAUGGCUGAACACUGUAACAAAGUUAUUCUACACCUCGUAUAAUAGAAUCUCUCCACGACUUGAUAAAUCAUCCGUCUAGUGCAAUACACAGUGGUGGUUCUUAUCUAACAUUGCCCAGCAGAAGUAGCUGGAGAUAAUUCAAACACUGAGCCUCUGUACUGUUGCCAGAAUAUCUUUGUGCAAUCCUCCCCCCCCCCCCCAACACACAACCCAAAAUACACUGCUGCAGUAUGAAAACUUGAAGGUGUUACAGUCAGUCAUCAGCCAGAGAAAGCGUAUUAUUACGUAUUUCACUUGGAAUAUGAUAAGAUACACAUUCAGACAAUGGCUGUAUUGUGUCUCUUAUCAAACUGGCUGUUUUUUUUAUUGACUGCAUGAUAUUACACUGCACAGGGAUCGGCCAUGGAGAUCACAGACUUUUUGGAUUUAUUCUAUUCUCCAACUUGCCUCCAAUUAUUUAUUAGUGAUCAAAUUUAAUAUAUUUAUUUAUGUAUUUAUUUCAGGUGUGGAUGUGCAAUUGAAUCACAGCAGUGUUUGCCCUUAAAUCUGUAUUUUCCAGCUGCUCUCUAAAAAAGCAUGCGCACAUACAGUAGACCGUACACAAUGGAUUAUCAUAUAGCUCUAUAAGAGUUCAGUGCUACGAACAGGCAUACACACACAGCAUCUUCUUUGUAGCACUGUUGUUUAGUCUGCUUGAGUGGUCAUUAUCAGCUUUUAAUCUAAAUGAAUGAAUCCACCUGAACUCUUUUUAGCAAAGAAUUUUAGUCCAAAAUGGAAAAAUGCCAGCGUGUAAAAGACUUAAGUCAAAGUGUAUCUUUAAAAAAAAAAAAAGAAGCAUAACAAUUUAAUUUUGUGCUAAGAAGUUUUCCUGAAAAGUUGUAUAUCAUCUGUGGUGUGUCCUGAAGCAGCAGAUCAAAUCGAAAGGGCUCCACCUUGAAACUGAUGUUGUUAUAUCUUUAUCCAAACUGAAAUUCUUCUGAUUCCGCCAACAGAUGACGUAUUAAGCAAUAUCUAAUCACAAAGAAUUAGUCUACUAGAACCACCUUACCUAUACAUCAGUUUUAGCAGUACAGGUUAUUCAGUAUUUAAUGUCAGUUAAUGAACAUUACCCUCUGAGGGCUUCUCUAAGGCACAAUACACUUUACACACAAGUCCUACCUUUUCCUCAUCUCCACUGUCAUCUUCCAG